UAUUUGUUUAAUUUUUUAGUAUUUUAAUUACAUUAUGGAUGAUUGCUUGUGUCCUUUAUGUUCAAACAAACUAAAAGAACCUUAUAUUCACUGUGAAGAAUGUGGUUUAGAGCUGUGUUUAAAAUGCUUUGCCAAAGGUAGUGAAACAACAAACCAUAAAAGCAAUCAUCAAUAUGUUUUUAAGAGUUACAACUUUAAUCUGUUUGAUGAUAAAUGGACUGCUGCAGAAGAAUUAUAUCUAUUGGAAGCUACUAGAGAAUAUGGGUUUGGAAAUUGGAGUGAAGUGUCAGAAAAAAUGCGAACAAAAACUAAAGAUGAUUGUGAGAUACACUAUUUAAAGUAUUACAUCAAUGAACCACAUUCUCUACUGCCAAAAUUUAAAAAAAGCAAAGAACUUAGUUGGCGCAGACCCAUUUAUUACAGAGCUAGCAAGGUACCUCCUCGACCUGAAGAGAAUACAGAUGACCCACUUUGUUUAAUCGGAUAUAUGGCUGCUCGUGGAGACUUUUUGUUGGAAUCAGAUAAUUUUGCUGAAUGUGAUUUGAAAGAUGUUGACAUUAACAUAAAUGAAGAUGAUGAAUUAAUCAUGGAGCUUAACCUUGCUGUUGUUGAUAUUUAUUUCAGAAGAUUAAAUGAUAGAGAAGUCAAAAAAAUGCUGUUGCGUGAUUAUGGAAUGCUGGAUAUUUCUGAUGUUAAUGGCAUUGUAUUUUCCAAAAGUCGCAUAGAAAGAGACCUUCGAGAAGUCAUGAAAAGGUUUGCUAUGUUUAUGAAUCCUGAUGAACAUGAAAAGUUGGUUCAAAGUUUACUUUAUCAAAAACAGCUUGAAAACCAAAUAAGACAUCUUCAAGAAUACAGAAGUAUGGGGUUGUCUAAUAUGAAAGAUGCUCGAAUAUAUGAAAAAUUGAAACAGCGAAGGAAAAAACUAAAGCCUAAUCGAGAAUAUUUGAGUGAAGUCCUUCUUCAUAAAGAUAAUCCUUUAGCAUGUCAAAUUUGGCUACAGAGACAAAUAAAUGGAAAGAAUUCAUCUGCUCCUUUAUCAUCUGUACCUUUAUUAAAUCGAAAAGCUUGUCCUCCUUUGGAUAUAUCUAACUUACCUGGUACAGACAAACUCACGCCAGCUGAAAGAGAUCUUUGUUCUAAUAUUCGUUUGCUUCCGACGGCUUAUCUUCAUCAUCGCAACAUAUUACAGCGUGAGUCGUUCUAUCAAAACGGAUUGAAACUCCAGACUGCUAGAAGCUUGCUCAAAAUUGACGUUAACAAAACCAAGCGUUUGUUUGAAUUUUGCGUUGAGCAAGGUUACAUUCAAUGUCAAACUAAAAACGAAGAAAAUAAUAACGACAAUGAAAACACUCUUUGAAAGAUUUUUUAAAAUAAAAAUAAAUAAUUUUUAAAAAUA